AACAGCUUGCCAAAUGGGAUGGCAAACAUACCGCAGAAAAUGCUUAUUUUCAUGGCCUGGAGCGCUGGCGAGACCGCAUGAUAGCUGAUGCCAAUAUAUUGAAUGAAUUUAUUGCGCAAAACCCGAAAACUAGCCCGUUAGACAUUCAGCGACUACGUACAUUAAUUCGCAACGCUCAAAAAGAGUCGGCCACGAAUAAGCCCCCCAAGAGUAGCCGCGAACUAUUUAAGUUGCUACGUGAGCUCACACAAAUUGAUAUCAAUAGGAGCCCUAUGCAAGUUGAUACCAACAACCUUUCACAUUCACAUUCCCUACCUGUUUCAGAAUCGCUAGAACUCUCCGAAUCUUCUGAGCAGGGAUUAACUAAUGAUGAAGCUGGCAUAAGGCUCACACUAUUAGGUAAAAACUCUUUACCAGAGUUCAAGCGGCGUACUGCGUGGUUACGCUUUGCCUUGCAGUUUCAUAACCCUUUGAUUUAUGUAUUAAUUGUAGCUGGGCUAAUCACACUUUUGCUCAAAGAUUAUGUGGAUACUAGCGUCAUUUUUGCCGUCAUCCUUAUUAAUGCAAUCAUCGGUUUUAUACAAGAGGGUAAAGCCGAAAAAGCCUUAGAGGCUGUGCGCUCAAUGUUGGCUAGUCACGCCAAAGUAUUGCGUAAUGGAGCGCAACUUCAAAUCAAUGCGGUAGAUUUAGUCGUAGGCGAUAUUGUGUUGUUAGAAUCUGGUGACAAAGUGCCUGCAGACUUGCGAUUAUUGCGCGUUAAAAAUUUACAUGUGAUGGAAGCGGCACUCACGGGCGAAUCUGUACCUGUUGAAAAAUCUAUCCAAUUCGUACCUCAAAACGCCGCCAUAGGCGAUCGUACCUGCAUGGCGUAUUCUGGGACACUAGUUAGUUUUGGCCACGCGCAAGGCUUAGUAGUGGCCACAGGCCAACAAACUGAAAUUGGCAAAAUCGGCACAUUGAUGAGUGAAGUGCAAACACUUGCCACGCCUCUUACGCGCCGUCUAGAUAGUUUUGCGCGACAAAUUACGGUAUUUAUCUUAAUAGUGAGCGCUGUCACUUUUGCUUAUGGACAUUGGAUGAUGCACAUGCCUAAGCUGGAUAUUUUUCUUGCUGCAGUGGGUUUAGCGGUAGCAGCGAUUCCUGAAGGUCUACCUGCAGUAGUCACCAUAGUACUAGCCAUUGGCACACGCAUUAUGGCGCAUAAUCGUGCUAUUGUGCGGCGUUUGCCCGCGGUGGAAACCUUGGGCUCAGUCACAGUGAUUUGUUCAGAUAAAACGGGCACGCUGACCUGCAAUGAAAUGACUGCCGUACGCGUAAUGUUGCCUACCCAAACCUUGCGAGUAUCAGGCACAGGUUAUGUACCAGAGGGGCGGUUUUUUAGAGAUGAAACCGCAAUAAGUGUUGCCGAUGAAGGCGCACUGCAAGCAUUGACACUUUGUGCCUUACUUUGCAAUGACGCCCAACUCAAACACGAUGAUGCUGGCAUAUGGCGAAUGGUAGGUGACCCAACUGAGGGCGCAUUGCUAACCAUGGCUUAUAAAGCCGAAUUUGAAGCACAAGAUAUGGCACUGCGUUACCCGCGUCUAGACGAAAUUCCCUUUGAGUCAGAGCAUCGCUACAUGGCCACCUUGCACCAUGACCAUUCUGGCAAGGUGUUUAUAUUGCUUAAGGGUGCGCCAGAGCAAGUGUUAGAUUUAUGCGUGCAAGAUGCUGGCGGUCAUGCUUUUGAUAAAGCUUUAUGGCAAACCCGUAUGAAUGAAGCUGCCAGCCAUGGUGAACGCCUAUUAGCCCUAGCCCGUUGUGACGUGCCAACGGGUACUAGCACACUAAAUAACUCUGACAUCACACCACGCUUCACUUUGCUAGGGCUGGUAGGCAUGAUAGACCCACCGCGACCAGAAGCCAUCGCUGCCGUCGCUGAAUGCCAAUCUGCGGGCUUGCGCGUCAUGAUGAUUACGGGCGACCAUGUGGUGACCGCUUCUGCCAUUGCAAAACAAUUAGGGCUCAAUGCUGAACAUGCACUCACUGGAAAGGUGAUAGAAACGCUAAGUGAUGCCGAGCUAAAAUUGCAUUUACAAACUGUCAACGUGAUUGCUCGCGCCAGCCCACAACAUAAAUUACGCCUAGUCGCUGCUUUGCAAGCACAAGGCGCAUUGGUCGCCAUGACUGGUGAUGGUGUCAAUGAUGCGCCUGCUAUCAAGGCUGCCGACAUUGGUAUAGCGAUGGGUAAUAAAGGCACCGAUGCCGCGCGCGAGGCAGCAGACUUGGUGCUCACCGAUGACAACUUUGCCACCAUUGCCCGUGCCGUGCGCGAAGGCCGUGUAGUGCUAGAUAAUAUUAAAAAAGCCCUUCUGUUUAUGCUGCCCACCAACGGUGGUGAGGCAGGCGUCAUUCUUCUAGCGGUAUUUGCAGGCAUUGCCUUACCAAUCACCGCAGGGCAAAUUUUAUGGAUUAAC